AGACUGGUUGACGCAAAAAAGCAGACUAUAAGUGUUUUUCUAAUUUAACCUAACACGGGAAUACCGCUACCUGGCCCAGCCAAUUUUACGGAUGCCAUGUUUCACGAAAGAACGAUAUUUCUUUUAGCCGUUAUUCUUCAAAUAUUAAACGAAUCCAUACAGGAUGAACAAGAUCGCUAACACUGUUCCGUACGUUUUUAGCGCCCUAACAACACUGUUCCGUACGUUUUUAGCGCCCCGUCCCUUAAGGACAAAACAGCGGCGAACAGAAACAUGGUGUUGGAGUCCAUGCAGAUCAUCAGUCGUAUGACCGGAAAUUGUGUCAAAUUUGUGGAACGCACAAAUGAGACGGACUACCUUCUUAUUUCUACGCUGGGUUUCCGUUGCCAAGCCCACGUAGGACGCAGUGGCGGCAGGCAGAUCCUGUCCACACAGAGAGCGUGUCUCCACGAGCACGGAAGCGUACAACAUGAACUCAUGCACACACUGGGCUUUUAUCAUGAGCAUCAGAGGCCUGAUCGGGACGACAACGUCGAAAUCAUUUGGAGUAAUAUCAGUCCAGAAUGGAAUGACUCCUUCGCUAUCAUUAAAGGAAUGGAGACGUACAGGUUGCCAUAUGAUUACGACUCAGUAACGCAUUUCUCUGCCUAUGAAUAUGCCAUUAACCGGCGUACACCAACGAUAAUCCCUAAAGUCGAAGGAAAACAAAUUGGGCAAAACAACAAUUUAAGUCCACUGGAUGUAGUCAGAAUUCACAUGCGAUAUAAAUGUGGUGUUGCGGCAGCUUCCUAUUUUACAGACGAGCCUCGGUCGAAAAAAUCAACGACUGCGCCGUUCCUCACAAAAGCAUUCCUGCAGAAACCACGGCUCACCCGGAAUGGAACAAUUUACCCACUGCAGACUGCAAACGGCACAGCCUGGUCAGGUCUAAACUCAACAAUCGGCGACGAUAAUGAUAACGCUACCACUUUGUUUACGGAGACCAUCAGCAGCAGAAUCGUCUUGCCGGCUGCAUUGGGCACUCUGGUUCCGAUUGCAGCCGUUGCAAUAAUCGUGGCACUGUGCUGGUUGCGGCUGAAGAAGCAGCACCAGGGACAAAGUACUAUGCGCAAAGCUCGAUGGCAUCCCCAUUCGCUCGUAAAAUCAAUGGUAUUACACGAUCUGUCCUCGGUUCAUGCGGAUCUUCUGUUGAAUGAUCCGGCGCUACAUGGCCAUGUUAAAAUUCUGGAGAUUUCUCUGGCCAAAGUGAUGAUCUCAAAUACACUGCUUGGCAGAGGAGCGACCGGUAUAGUAUGGAAAGGUACAGUGGAUGGUGUUUACGGCCAUCCCGGUCAGCUGGAUGUUGCUAUCAAGAGUGCGAGAAGAAAACAUGAUACCGGCUGCAUCCGUCAGUUAGUACAAGAGAUGAAAAUUAUGACACAGGCCGGUCGCCACUUGAACAUCGUGAAUUUGUUGGGAGUUGUAACAAAAGGUGAAGUGAUAUUGCUGCUGGAGUACGCUCAAUUUGGCUCCCUGUCGAAGUAUCUCCAGUCGUAUAACGCGGAACACUUCUAUAACCACAUCGAUGAGAACGGAGGCCUGCUACCAUAUGACGAGGACGAAGCGGAACUUUUCGAAAGACUACUGUAUACAGACGAUUCUCGCUCAGAAGACGGACUUAGUCCACCGUGUCUGUCGUCCAAAGCUUUGAUGAGCUUUGUAUACCAAAUUAGCCGAGGCAUGGAGUAUCUCGGCACAAAAUCUAUUAUCCACAGAGAUCUCGCGGCUCGCAAUGUUUUAAUUUGUGAUAGAAACGUGGUGAAAAUUGGUGACUUCGGAAUGGCGCAAGUCGGGACCGAAGACAUUCCUUUUGGUCCUAAGGAAGCAUUACCAGUGCGUUGGAUGCCACCCGAAGCCAUCGCCAACAGGAUAUUUUCAAACAAAUCAGACGUAUGGUCUUUUGGUGUGGUAAUGUGGGAAGCAUUCAGUCUGGGUAAACUUCCAUACGGCGACAGUGACAUUAUGCGCCAGUCCAUCUCUGAAUUUAUAACGUCACUGAAAAACGGAUUACGCUUGGAAAAACCAAAAUUCUGUCCUAGUGCCAUUUAUAACCUGAUGUUACAAUGCUGGAAAUUUUCACCGGAUGACCGUACUGAUUUCGCUAAGCUGACCCUUGCUUUGCGACUAGUCAUUGAUAACGAUUCCGCCGAAACGUAUCUUCUCCUCGACAAUGCUUAUAAUCAGUUUAACUCAAAUUAUUUGACAAUUUUGGAAAAUGUCAUGAUGGAUGGAAGUGUUUCUUUAGACCGACAACUUUUAUAA